AUCUUCCUCAUACUUACCAGGAGAUGCCAGAUGUAUGAUGUCGACCAUAACAUAAAUGAUAAAAACACCCUUCCUUCCUUCCAGUUCCAGAUCCCCUAAACUAAACUCAUCCCAAAUCUAUUUCAUCAUCGAUCGCCACUCAUCCUUUCAAAAUGAGCCAUCAGCAGGACUACCCACCACCAGGAUACGGGUCAGUAUACCCGCCACCACAACACCCAUCUGCACCACCUGCCCCUCCACCGCAGUACAUGGGUUACCCGUACCCGGAUCCAUCAGGUCCAGGUACCGGGUAUACAUAUCCGCCACCACCUUAUCAAGGUUAUUUUAAUAAUCAAAACUAUCCUCCACCUCCGCCUCAGCCUCCUUACCAAGUUUACCAUUGUGAACAUCAUCAUGAUUAUCAACAACAGGAUGAUGCCUCCUGCUCUUCUUUCUUCAGAGGCUGUAUGGCUGCUCUUUGCUUCUGUUGUGUCUUGGAAGAAUGCUUUGGUUAGGGAUGGAUGCUAUUGUUUCAUAAGGCCAUUAUGGGUAUGUGUAAUUUUGGUUUAUAUUAUUACUGGUUUUAUGGUGAAAUUGGACGAGUUAUGCCAAAUUAUUUAUACGUUGUAUAUGUUUGGUUUUAACUUUUAAACCUUGAAAUGAAAUGGAUAAGAACAAGAAUAAGAAGUGUUAAUCCAA